AAGUUCAAGGGCGAAAUCCUGAGUUGUCAGUACAAUUUCCUCUUAGCAUCCCUUUCUAGGGUUUUCUUUUGGUGCUUGCAUUCCAGGCUAUUUUUAAUCGCUGAGUAUAGGGAAUUUUUUGCUAAGGGAUUGAUGCCGCUUUUUUUUUUCCGGUGCUGGGUAUUUUGAGAUAAAGUGUAUAUUCUGCAGAAAUGUUGUUAGUAUUCAGAGGGGAAUAGCCGCUCCAUGUUCAGAAGAACGUGAGAGAAACAAGCCAUAGGUAUCCUGUGUUAAGUUAUGGAAUAAAUUGCCAGAUGAGAUUUAAGGUCUAAAAGGGUUUUUGCAAAGUUGAAGGUUGCAAAAACAGAAGAACGUUUUCUGAGACACUAGCAAAGGCAUCAAUAUUCUCAUGCCUCCAAGGUAAUCCCAGUAGCUAAUAUUUAGCAAUCUUCUUCAACCUUGGCAAGUUUAAGAUUUGUGGACUUCCAUGUCCAGAAUUCCCCAGCCAGCAUGGAAACCUGCCUUUCUGAAUCUGGCUUUCUCCUUGUUGCUGGAUUAAAAUUCCUGGAAUUUGAGGUUCCCCAUUGGAUAUGCUGGAAUUUGAGGAAUUUGAGCUUGGAAUUCUGGAAAUUAAACUCUCAGAAAGUUCCAGUGGAGGAAAGAACCAUCCAAGCACGAAAGAACUAAAGAAAUCAACAUUUCUAAAACCUUCUUCCAAGAGGCCAGGGAAAAACACAUCUGCUAUUGCAGGAAAGGCUCCUGUAGAGGCUGCAGACAGACAGAUAACAGCUCAGUACAAAGAGACAAAGCAAGUUUAUGAAGGGCAUUACCCAAACAGCCUAACAAACACUUGUACUUCCUCACAUAGAGUACUAAGGCCGAAAAGAGAACAUCUGGAUAGAAAAAAUCAUGAGGCCGGGGAUAACAAAAUUCUUCCUGCAUUUAAAGACGUCUCAUGGAGUCCUUCCAGCGGGACAGAAGAUGCGAUGGUUCAGGGGCUUUAUUGCAGACAAAAAGGCAAUUUGGAAAGAAACUCUGGAGAGCAGAUGGAGGAAGCAGGCCCCAGCAGUCUUUCCUGUCAAGAUGCUACAAUUGAGGCAAUGUUUCUGGACUUUGGAUCUUUGCAAAUGAUGAAAGAAGAAGACUCUGAGGAAGACGAUGCCAGUGACCUUUCCGAUUCAGAAAGAAUUCCUAUCCCUCCUUCGCCUUGCACACCGCCAGAGCUCAACCUUCGAGCAGAGGAGAUCGACCCUGUUUGUUUCGAACACGACUUUGAGACACAACGGAAGCAACCAGACUAUCAUUACACAGACUUUCUCCCACCACCUUUUAACUCCUGGGACUUGAAAGGGUUGGCUGCAUUCAUCAACACCGAGUGCAAAUCGGAACCCCGACCGGAACCGACUGGGUUUCUGGAGAAGUACGUGGAUCGUCUUUUGGAGCUGGAAUGGCUGCAAAUGCAAACUGUACAAGCUGAGAAAGGAAAGGUAACCAAAGCUCGGGCUCAGACUGCUCCUAGCAUCCUCCGGUCUUUGAAAAGUUCUGGCAAAAGCAAAUUGUUGCACAGCCCUUUGGCAAAUAAACAGUUGACUCUCCAUGGAAACUUUCCAAGAGUACCCAUUGCAGGAGGUCUCAAAAAAGACUUUCAUGGGGAAAGAACCAACCAGGUGACAUCCCCUGAGAGUCAGUUGAAGACCACUGGACCCACCCAUGGCUCAUCAGCCUAUCAGAGGAGACCAGCUGAAGCAAAGAGUGGGACCAAAAAAUACCCUGCCCUCAAACAGCAUUUGGCCAGUAGGCAUUCUUUUGAGAUCCAGGAAUGCUCCAUGAUCCAUGGAGCUGGCAACGUGAGACCUCCCAAGCCAUCUUCUUCAUUCCAUGGAUCCACUGUUCCCCUUAAGGGGUUACCAGCCCAUAUAUGCCCAAAUCCCAAGAAUGGAAAGACAAAUAAUUAUACUCCUCCCCAAAAGACCUCAGCAGAUACCAAGCUAAAAACAAACAACUUGAAACAAAUACGGUGCAAAUUUAAAUAAUGCUGGGACGAGGUUUGUUGCCUUGGUGCAGCAAGGUCUGGCAGCCCUUUUCUUUGUGCAGCAAAAAUCUAGAAUGGUGGUUCUUGAACUUCAAGAUAGACUUUCAUAGGGAGAGACCAGCAUGCCCUUGACUUCCCAUGCUAUCUUGCGAUUGAUCCUGAAGACAAGAAUUCUGGUUCAUCUCUGACUCAUCUAUAUGAUUGGACAUGUAGGCAUCCUGGUGUUUCUAAUGUUUGCAAUUACAGGGCAACACAGUAUGAGAUCUUUGGUCUUCCCGGGAUUCCUUCCAUAAGCAUGUAACAUCAAAACAUGCUCAAAGCCUAUAUACUCGUGGCCUCUCUUUUUUAAAAGUUGUGAUGUACAGCCAUCUAUUUUUUUUCCCCCUGUGGUAAAUUUUUGCAGUUGUUUUUUUAUAAGGAAUUAUCACCUUUAAAGAUCAUUCUUCUAUGAUGUACUACUUGUAUGACCUUAUGGGUCCAACUAUAUAUUGAGAGGUAAAAAUGUACAUAAACAAACAAGUAUAACUUCCUCCUAAUUCCCAUGAUUUCAACAUAUAAAAACAUUUCUCUCCCUGUGCUCAGAGUGUCCUCUUUGAAGUUAUACGUUUGAUCUCUUUUUGUUUAGGAGGGCAUUUAUAGACUGCUUUUCAGUCUGCACCAGGGAAUCCCAAAGUAGUUUACAAGGCCUGUGCAUUGGGAGAAAUUGCUGGCUGGUAUUAUUGCUGGUAUUAUAGACUAUUUUGCAACUUUUAAUUUCGGGCUGGCCUGCAGAUGAAUAUAUAUUUUGGCAUUUGAUAGAACUGCAAGGAGAGAUUGUAGGUUGUAAUGAGUUGAUGGUGCUUUGAAAGGCUUAUAUAGGUUUUUGGAAGACCCUAGACCAGAGGUAGGCAAACCUUGGCUCUUUUAUGUCUCAUGGACUUCAACUCCCAGAAUUCCUGAGCCAGCAUGGCUCAGCUUGGAAACUCUCCCUUUCCCCUCAGCAUGGCUGGCUCAGGAAUUCAGGGAGUUGAAGUCCACGAGUCAUAAAAGAGCCAAGGUUGCCUACUCCUGCCCUAGACGAUCUCUCUAAAUCAGAGUUUUUCAAUCUGGCAAUACUUAGAUAUGGACUUCAAUUCCCAAAAUUCUCCUCAAUGGCAAUGAUGUAACAUCAUCAGUCAUUUCAGCCCUAAGCUACAAAUAUUCUCCUUUUAAAGUGAAAUACAUCACCCCAUUUUUUGUAGAUAGCUAUAUUGGUAAGGCUCAAUUUGAAGAUCUUUGGAUCUUCCAAAAGAUUUAAUGUUUUGUAAGAAAUUUGUAGUUUUGAAGACACAGUAACCCAACUCAGAAAUUACUAUUUUAUAGCAGUGGGAAAUUUCACAGAAAAUGUAUUUGCCCUGAUUGGAUGCCAGGAUAUGCAAAUAAAAACUGCCCCCUUCUUAAGUUUUAUGCAGCUAGGUAGAGCACCCAAAGCAUUUAUCUCCUGGAUUACACUAUUUUGUACUUGGUAAGCAGAAUAGAAUUAUGCACAAGUAAUCAAGACAUCGUAUCAUCCUUCACUGAAUCAUUCAGUUGACGUGAUUCUCCAGAUUUUUGAAAGUUAUGAUUUAUAUACAAGGUUAAUAGAGCUGUAUAUGUAAUUAAAUUGACUUUAUAAUUUCUACUGUGGUUUUAUCCCCCACUCUCUUUAUGCAACCUUAGCAAUGUAAACUGAGAAAUCAUGGUAUUUGAUUGUGAAAACAAAUAAAAAUAUGGAUUUGAAUGAUG